GUACACCCGGAAAUAAGGGGCGUCAGCGAGUCUGCGAACGGAGCGCGGUUAGGGCCAGCUGGCGCUGUCCCCUGUCAGUACUUCGGAGUCCCCAGGACGGGGAAGACCGUCCAGCCGCGUGGCCGCCGCCGGGCCGUCCCAGAGUCCUCGCGACUCGCGCCGCCCUCACGGAGCCAGGACCCAUCCCGCCCAGCCCCGGAGGGAGCCGAGACUCGCCGUGUCCUCCGAUGGUGAGGAAGCUGAGCCAAGUGGAAGAGCAUUUCCUCCUGAGGCGGCCAAGCAGGUACCCUCUGCAUCAACAGGAGGGCACUCCGCCCCCUUCUUCCCUUUACAGUUACCCACCCUCGGUGUCCAUUGUCCUGGGCAGUCGUGUCAGAGGCCCACCGUCUGGGUGGCUUACACAGCAAAAAUGCCUCCCCUCUCAGUUCCGGAGGCUAGAAGCCUGAGAUCAAGGUGGCGGCCGAUUUUUGGCCCUCCUGAGGGCUGUGGGAGGAUCUGUCCCGUGCCUCCUGCACUUCCGGGGGUUGGCUGGCAGUCGCUGGCCUCCCUUGGCUUGUAGAGCCCCGCCUCGUCUUCACGUGGAGUUCUCCUGUGUGUGUGCCUGCCUCUAAAUUUCUCCUUUUUAUAAGGACACCAGGCCUAUGAGAUGAGGGUCUACCCUGAGGAAGUCAUUUUAACAUGAUGACCUUUGUAAAGCCCUUUCUGUUAUCUGUAAGGUCAUGCUCUGGGGUACUUGACAUUGGGACGUCAACACAUGAAUUUGCGGGGAACGCAGUGUACCCCAUAAUAACCCACCAAGUCACUGAGUAGGAACACACUAGGAAUGUUCCAGGCCUGGAAGGGAGGCCCUCAUGGCUGCAGGGGGUUAAUAAAGGGGAGAGGAGAGCAGGCAGCCAGGGAAGGAGCCAGAGCAUGUGGGGCCUCGUGGGCCCCUGUUCCGCUUGGAGAAGCAAAGCCCUAGAAGGGACUGGGCUGGGUGCCUUUGGGGCCAUGUGCCCCGUCCUCACAGCCACGUGGAAACUGGGGCUCCGCCAGGUGCCGAGACCCAGCUGAGGUUCGGGCCUGGGGCCCUGCUCCUCCUGCCGCACAGCUGUGUCCUCAGGGAGGCGGAGCCAUCCUCCCCUCCAGGUACAAGGAGGCGAGUGCAUGCGGUCAGGCCCUCUGGAGUCACGUGCCAUCUCUUUCUACCUCGGCGCCUCCUUCUCAGCUGUGGAGUGGGGUGACGGUAGCACUGCCCCCUCCUGGGAUAUUGGAGGAUCGAUAUCUCUGAUUCCUGGAUGUGGAUGGUGGUCGUGCCAGGGCCCGGCAUGGAGACGGAGCUUACACCAGUGCCGGUGGUUCCUGCUCUCAUUUGUCGGUUCUCUGGGCUCCAGGCGGGGGCAUCUGUGGACAGUGGAGGGCAGGGGUGCCGGAAGGGGUGAAGGAGGUGGCACCCAGAGGCGUGUGGAGGAGACACCUGAGAUCCAGGGCGUCCCAGGGCUGGGCUGAGCCCCCGCAGACUCCAUCUGAUGGACAGAUCCUCCGAGUGACCAAGCUCCUCCUUUGGGCCUGUGAGCUGACUGCGUGAACACAGGGAAGGAGCCAGCGCCCUCUGAUCCCCCACCGUCCAGCAACGUGAGGUCAGGGGAGCUGCAGGAGAUGAAGUUCAGCUGCCUCUCCUUCCGGCAGCCUUAUGCAGGUUUCGUCCUGAACGGGGUCAAGACCCUGGAGACGCGUUGGCGUCCCCUGCUGAGCGGCCACCGGCACCGGACCCUGGCCGUGCACAUCGCACACAGGGACUGGGAGGACACUGCCUGGAGGGAACUGCUGGUGGAGAGGCUGGGGAUGACCCCUGCCCAGAUCCAGGCCUUGCUUCAGGAUGGGGAGAAGUUUGGCCGCGGAGUCAUAGCUGGGCUCGUUGACGUUGGGGACACUUUGCUGUGCCCAGAAAACUUAGGUCCCGAGGAGGUUGUGGAACUGGAGAAUCGAGCCGUCCUGACCAACCUGCAGCAGAAGUACCUGACCACGCUCUCCAACCCCCGGUGGUUACUGGAGCCCGUGCCCAGGAGAGGCGGGAAGGGCAUCUUCCAGGUAGACGUCCCCAAGCACCUGAUCCCCUUUGGGCAAGAGGCCUGAGCAGCGUGGGCUCUUGAGAGGAGGUGACCGAGAGACCAAGCUAAACCGUGGCACGGUCAGCUCGCCGUCACGCCCUGGACGUGCCCCCCUGGUUCGCUCUGAAUCGGCGCCGCCCUGGAGGGCGCUCCCCACUCUGUGCUGUUCCCGGAAACAGAUGUGUCCACCGGGACGCGGGGACGGGGGAGCGGGACCCCUGCAGGGAGAUGCCUCCCUGGGCUCGGUGACAGAGUCUCAAGGACUUUGGACCUCUAGGACAAGGGGAAGCGGCCUUGCAGGCCGCUGCUCAUUCUGGCCCUGCUGAUUCUGGAUUGUGUAGAGAAAUGUGUUUUGAGAGAGCUGGUGAGUGUUCUCCCCGCCUUUGUUCUGGUCAAAACCCCUAGAGGGUCUGAAGAGCAUCCAGGAGACGAUGUGGGACGGCUGGAGCGGGCGCUGAGUGCUUGCCAGGGAGUCACCAGCCAGCGACGGCCUGACUCCCGGGCAAGAGGACGUCGGACUCAGAAAGAGCACCGUCUGCCUCGCAGAUGACUCUCGCCCUGUUGUAAAGUGUCCCUUGGCUCACGGAGCCGGUGUGUUAGACGUGCCGCACGGCCGCUUCACGUCCCAAGAAAGGGUCCUAACUACAGCCCUGAUGGAAGUGAGCAGUGCUGGUGUUCGCUGGGUGGGAGAUCUUUUAUACAUUUGUGGGGGGGGUGGGGUUGGUCACUUGAGAGUAGGGUUUCCAGUGGUUGCUACCUUCGAGGGUGACGGGCCUCCCCCCAGGCGUUUGACUGCAACCCCCCGUCUCUUCGGAGCCAGGCUGCAGUGCUCUCAGCCCUUGGUGGAGGGGGUGGCCCUACUUUUCGGCGGGCCUCCGUGGGGGGCCCCUGGAUCGUGAGCUGGAGACGCUGAGCUGCUGAUCAGAAACUUCUGGCAUCCUUGCGGGACCCAGGAGGAAGACCCUCCUGCUCCGCGAUGCAUGAGUAAUGGGGGGGAGACACCCCCGAGGUCAGAAGCCAGGCUGUCUGUCCCCUGACGGGCAGGCCCGGCCCAGCGGACCAGACCUUCCUGGGCUCGCCUCAGUGCUCGCUCCCCACCUCCUUGGGCGGGUGUCCGAGAUGCCACAGCUUCAGAUGCAAGAGGCCGAUGGGGACCAAAGCCUGCCCCCGGCCGGGGUCUCCAGCCUCCGCGGGCUUAUCUGGUGAGAGGUGUGCGGAAUCGAACGCGAGAAAGAACACGGACCCGCGGGUCUCGCAGAUUGUUUAUUUAGUCCCGGGGAGUUUUGCUUUUCUUUAUUAAAGCCCAAAAUGUUCAUGGUUA